CAGAAGGGCCACGUACGGUAUGGCAUCUCUCGUUCAAGGGCACGAAGCAAAUUCACGAGAGAUAAUGCGAAGGGUAGCCGUUACCAUAAGCCCAGCUAUAUAGGUGCAUUCAUACGUUUCUCGUGUAACUCAAAUUUCUACGGUCUUACCUAGUCCUUUCACACGAUUACUAGGCAAAGAGCUUCUUUACGUACUCAUUCCUUGGGUAUUUUACCUUGCAAAAUUGACUGAGGGUGCAGGCUAUUAUGAUGUGAUAUGUUUCUCUCGGAGGCACCGUCCGGUCGACACGUAGCAACGGCAUACAUGGCGUAUCGCAAUCCUUCAGCUCCACGGGCGCCAGGACAAACCCGUGUCUGGGAGGAUUUGCGCAAGGAGGCGCGUAGACUGGAGGGCGAGCUUGAUGUGAAGCUUGCAGCAUUUACCAAGCUUUGUUCAAGCUUUGAAGCAAGUUACAAGCUCAACAGCACGGACAAUGCAGCCCUUGGGGCGGACCAGCUUGCGCAGACGAAAGCAGCGGAAGUGGAGGACCUGCUGCAGCGAUUGUCGGACGUGAACGACGAGAUGGCAGCAACUGUGGGUGGCAGCACGGACUCACGAUCCCACACGCUCGCGAGGCAUCGUGACAUCCUGCAGGAGUUUACACAGGAAUUUCGCAAGGUGAACGCUACGCUGGGGGCAGCUCUGGACAGGGUCAAACUGCUUGCGGGAAGCACAGAGACCCCGUUACUGAGCGUGCAGGUGCAGAGUUCGUCGGGGGCGCUUUUGCGCGAGCGGGGAACGAUUCAAAACUCGACGAACAUGGUGGACGACCUUUUGUCUCAGGCUUCGAACGUGUCCGGGAACUUAAUGCAACAGCGACGAAUGUUUGAGGGCAUUGCAGACAAACUCGUUACCGUGGGCAGCCGGUUCCCAGUAGUUAAUGGCCUGCUGAACGCCAUUCGUCGCAAGAAGUCGAAGGAUACACUGGUGCUGUCCGGCGUCGUUGCGGCGUGUGUCAUUUUUACGGUUAUCUACGUGUUAGCCAAGUAGGCGCAGUGGAGACUGAUCUUGGGGUUAGACCUGUGGGGUUUGCAUCCGUGCUGGUGGCGUGCCUGGAGUUACAGAAGGAAAGCGUAUACAUGUCGGUUGUGACCCGUGUGUUUCUUGUUUCGAACUCUACUGGAGUAAAAGAUUGCGGUUGCUAAUUUAGGCAUCCCGGAAGGGAUUUUUGAUACAUAAGAGAAUUGUUUAUGGCACCAUUGCUAUGCUGAGCACUGCAGCGGGCAUCCUGGUGCGGGUGCGGGUGAAAUGCGGGAUGGUUGCUCAACCGUUAUCUUCGGGGCCCUGGACCUGACUAGUAAGUGCCAUUCCGCAAAUUGGCCUUGGGGUUUCCCUCGGCUGCCGAUUUGCAUGUUUGAACUUACGGGAGGUUAUCUUGACGUUAGUACCCAUCUCCAUUUUUUGUCUGGACGACAUGGCAUAGAUCCUCUGCAUCCAUGUGUAUGGUUCCAAUAAAAUUGCCAUGGAUUAGGUAAACUAGGCGUUCUGCUGAGGAGCUUCUCAGCUCAUACUAGGCGGGGAUGUAGAAUGAUAUUUUGCCAGGUUGCGGAGCGAAUGUUAUCAUUACAAUAGUACAAGGUAACCUUUAUUACUUC